AACAAACACCAGAUGCUAUCCCUUUCAGACAAGACAAGAUACAAGCUUACUUUAAGAAUCCAGAAUGUUUCAUAAAAAUGAUAUGCCCUUUUGUAAUAGCAGGAAGAAAGUUACAUUCCAAGGCAUCAGACUCAAACCUAUAUAUGCAUACCCCACACCAUAUGGAGUUUUAUCAUCCUCAAACACCAUCCAUCUUGAUUCUCAUUCAUUGUUUUCUCUUCUUUCUUUCCGAUUUCUUGCUAUCAUACAUGGGAGAGCAGAGGCAAUUUCUCUGUUUUCGACUCUCGUGGCUGUCAUCAGCUGCGGCUGCCCGUCCUGUAGCUGCUGCACAUCCUGCAGCUCAAACUGAAACCCCUUCCCAGCCGAAGAUUACGAUCCCUGUCCAACAACCACCAUUUCGGCCUGCAGGGACUGUCCCAAAACAGACCCCUCCGACCCAUGCUCAAGCACCCACCCGAAAGAAAGAACCUCAGCCGGUAUCAGCAUCUCGUGGAGCAAUUCAAACUCUGGACACCUCGCAAACCCGAACACCGUCUUGGGUACCCAGACAAGCAAGGGCUGUCUCGGUCCCUCCAUCUCGCAUUGUUUCCCAGCCACAAUCAACAGAACAGACAGUCUCCAAGCAACGAUCUUCAUCCCAUUUGACAUCUCCGCCAACAGGCCAAACAUCUCCGCAGUCUUCUUCUCCAUCACAUUGAGCCAAUCAAGUGAAAA